GACAAAGGCCCAAUUCGCUUCGCAGUCCGUCGAGCUCCAUCGCCGCGUGUUUCUUCGAGCGCCAUGGUGCACAGCAGCAAGUACGACCUGCUCAUCAAGCUCCUGCUGAUCGGAGACAGCGGUGUGGGGAAGAGUUGCGUGCUGCUGCGGUACUCGGACGACUCGUUCACGACGUCCUUCAUCACCACGAUCGGCAUCGACUUUAAGGUCAAGACGAUCGACGUGGACGGCAAGCGAAUAAAGCUGCAGAUCUGGGACACGGCCGGCCAGGAGCGCUUCCGGACGAUUACGACCGCUUACUACCGUGGCGCGAUGGGCAUUCUGCUCGUGUAUGACGUGACCGACGACCACUCCUUCCAGAACAUUCGCAACUGGAUGACACAAAUCCGACAGAACGCGUCGUCAAAUGUGAACAAGAUCCUGAUCGGCAACAAGUGCGACGUGGAUCCGUCGGAAAGAGCGGUGACAACGAAGCAGGGCCAGGAUCUAGCGGACGAGUUCGGCAUCAAGUUCUUCGAAACGAGCGCAAAGAGCAACAAGAACAUCGAUGAGGCCUUCCGCUCCAUCGCAGUGGACAUCCAGAAGCGCCUGGCCGAGAGCGAGCACGAUAGAUUAGACGUGGCGAACGGCAGCAAAUUCCGCGUGGACGAGGCCCAGGAGCAGUCCAAAGACAGCUGCUGCGCCUAA